CCACUUACCAUCAAGCCAUCCAUAAACACCUACAGUAUAGUACCUAGCUAGCUCGACUCCAUUAGAAAUCUCCGACAAAGCUCCGAAAGAGUAUACCCUGGAACCGGGGAGGGGAGAGGUGGGGAUGGGGGGCGGCAACCAGAAGUACUGCCCGGAUCCUCCCAUCCCAGCGCAUCCCUUCACCCUCGGCAAUCAAACAGCAAUCGGCAGUAAUCAAACAACAUGAAGAACAAGAACAAGAACAAGAACGAAAAGUCCCCAUGGCAAAAUAGUGUACGACGAUCGAUCGAUCGACCAAUCCAACCAUUCAUCCAUCCAAAACAAUCAAUCAGUCAGUCACUCAGUCAUAUUUGGGACAAUCUGAGCGAGCGAGCAAGCGAGCAGCAAGAGACAGAUGAUAGAGUUUCAGGGUUAUCCGUGGGAAAAGAUCAAUCGAUAAAUCCUCCUCCUGCACCUCCUCCCGUGUUUCCCUUCCCCCCUCCCCGCCGGCGGCGGCAAAUCCACUUUUUAUUUUGGGUUACUACAUGUAAUGUAGGUAGUUCGCCUCCAGAUAUUCGGUAGGUAGCUUGGUGGGUUAGGAAGGGAUGGGCUGGGGUUGGUUGUUCGGGGUUUGGGCGGAGAGGCAGGCUUAUGUGGAAUGGGAUGGAAUGGGAUGGG